AUGUUUAACGCUCAGCAGGGAGUCCCAGCCUGGCCCCAGAGCAAUACGAAAAAAAACCCCACCUCUGCCAUCAUUAAGCUGUCCAGACCCGAGAGCAUGGCUGAGUUGAAAAUAGCCGAUUGGAUCAGCCGUUUUGGGGAAAUCAUGCGCGAUGAUGAUGAUGGUGAUGAUGGUGGUGGUGGUGGUGGUGGUGGUGGAUGCUGA